AACAGUGACGAUACAGUCUACUACAAGAUCACCCUGCCACAGAGAGAAGCAGCACAGGUCGACGAGUUUGCGCCACAGCAAAGUGUGCAUACGCCUGUGGCCUUCACGUCCCAGAGGGAGUUUGCCGCGCCGAUGAGCCCAGUGAGGGAAAUCAAACAAAGACUCUUCCUGUCGGCCAAAUUCCUGAUCUCUCUCAAUCUGCUCUUUUUGCUAUUUGUCAUCAUUCUGGGAAUACUCUUUUCAUCAGAGAAGAAGGCACAUCAAGUGACCAGUCAGAGUCUGAGAGACCUUAACAUCAGCUAUGUGAAGGUACAAGGGGAAAAGACAUCUUUGGAGAAAGACCUGAAUGUGUCCCGUGGGGAAGCGAAAGCACUUACUACCAAAUAUAACUCACUCAGUCAAGAGAAGACAUCCCUUCAAGCUGAACUGAAAAGUGUGUGGUCCAGCUGGCGAGUUGAAAUAACUAAAACCGAACGGCUUACCAGGGAAAAAAAUAGCAAAGUUGAAGAACUUGACAGAAAACGGACAGAACUUAUUAAGCGAGAUGAAACAAUAACACAGUUAAGGCAGAGUAACACAAAGAUAAGCCAGGACCUUGAAGAAACCAAUAAGAACCUCAAUGAACAGAAACGGAAUAAUACACUCUGGUCACAUCUCAAGGAAAGCAUUGAAAAAGAGAUGAAAGAAUAUAAAGACAAACAACCGUCCCAAAUCAGAGAUCAAGAAAAAACAUUUUUGGACAGUCUACUACAAGUUUUAGAGACCGGCUGUGACUUUACUUGGGAACUUGCUGGAGGGAAAUGUUUCUUCUUCUCAUCUGAGAAACACACCUGGGAACAGAGCAGAGACGAUUGUCAAGCAAAGAAAGGAGAGCUGGCCUUCACACCAACGGAGACGGAAUGGGAAAUCUUGAAGAAAGCCAUUCCAGGAAACAGCAAAGACUUCUACUGGAUUGGUCUGACUGAUUCAGACACAGAGGGAAGCUGGCGUUGGGUGGACAACAAAACCAUUACAAUAAACCACUGGUUAAAUAAUGACCCUGAUAACUGGACAAACAACGACACAAAACCAGAAGGAGAGAACUGUGCCAAAAUGAAUGCAGUGGAGGGAGGUUGGAUGGACGCAUUUUGUGAUGAACAGAUCCCAUACAUUUGUCAGACGAUGGCUGCUGUGUAAUGUAAUGUCACAUCUUCCUAUCAAUCUUUAAAGAUCCAUCGUGUGUGCACUGAAUAAAUUGUCAAGUUUAUUGUCUCAAAAGUAUAUUUUAGGUGUCCAUGACAUUUAUGUGCUAUUUGACUUUGUCCAGGUAUGGUUUGUCUUUAUUGGUAUUCUUGAGUGAAAGAGACCCAUUCUUCAACAAAUAAUCUAUAGGCCUAAUGUAAACGGUAUUUGAGGAAGCAGUUUGGUAAGCUUUUUGGUGUUUGUGUUGUCAGUUCAGACACCUGUCCUUCUAUGAAGAUUUUACCACCACCAAUACCGAUAGGUCGAUAGGCCUGCUUUAGGGACAUUUGUACAGUAUCUUGGGGUUGGUUUGUUUGUCACAAUACCAUAUGUACCACUUCUGCCUGUGGUAAGACUGUGGGUGAAACAGUGGUUGGCUCUGUGGACUGUGCUAUCAGCUGCACUCAAUUCUGACUCUCAACAGCCGUUCGGUUCAAAAGUACCAGCUUGCUAAAUGUACAGCCUCCAUUGCAGUUUUGAGUAGGAAAAGAGUCUCUUUACAGAUAUCCCUCAGGCUGCUGUACAACGUUAACUAGUAUCUAAUCAGAAAACAAAACAUAUGUAUCAGAUGGACAUUUCAUGACUGUUAAAAUCACUGGUACAUUGAUACACUGAUUUCAGCAUUCUUGUAAAAACUAGUAAUACUUAUCUUAAAAGCACUGACUUGCAGUAGUUUGCAAAACUAAUAGUACAAGCACAGUGCUUUGCAAUCCGUUUAAAUUUGUAGCACACACUUUGCUUAGCCCCAGCUGGUUGUGUGAUGUACAUACUGUAGGUCCACCGUCUUGAAGGAUAUUAUGUUUUCUGAAGCUUUAGAUGAAUGUUUUUUCCACCUGUGUUUUAUGUAUUUUGUUUACCUGUACUGCCAAUCUUCUGAUUAAAGACUUUUG